CAGUCAGUCAGUGAGAGCGCCUCCACGGGAGCAGUCGCGUUGCCACAGUGCCCGGAGGUCGCCCGCCAACAGCGUUCCUCCACCAUCACUACUACCACAACUACCACCAUCACUACUAGCCAGCCCGCCUCCUGCAGCUAGCUACUACUACUACUACCAACACCACCUACCUCCACACAUACUACCACCACCACUCCACGCCACCACCACCACCACCAUCACGUUCUCACUCAAGAAGCAACGCAACGCUACCUACGUCUAGUCGUUAACUCGAAUCUCAUUAAGUUAUUCGUUAUAUUUAUUUAUUAUUUAUUAAGCCCGGCAGCGAUUUUUUUGCCGCCGACGAUAAUCUUGAUCUCAUAAGAUAAUCGAGUCAGCUGUUGUCACAAACCAAAGACACACAACCUCCUCUUCCGGCUAAUGUACCUCAAGCAUCAAGAGAGAGACACAAAACUUUAACAAGGUUGUGAUUAUACCCAGUGUGUGUGUGUGUGUGUGUGUGUACUUACCAAGACCUUCCACCAGAGAACUCCUUACAGUCAUCUCACUCACAAAAACUCGUAGUGUGGGGGAAGUGAGACCCGUGUGGACUAGUGAGUGAAGUGAAUCCUCAACUAUCAUACGAGUUGAGUGGUGAAACGGCCUGGCCCACAGCGGCGCCCACAACACACAUCCUUGUUCACCACCACACCACACCCCUCCCCCCUCGUCACCACUCACCACCACGCCUUCACCACCUACUGUGAUAACGCCGUGUCCUUUGUAAAGAUUUUUUAUGUGAUCUGCACCAACACAUCUUUAAAUCCUCGUAGUGUGGUGUGCUGGGGACGUCCUCUACCACCACCACCACCACCACACCACAAACUGCCUUAAUAACCCAGUGACGUUGUUGUCGCUGUCGCCUGGUUGGUUGGUUCCUGGUCUUAUCACCACGGCUAUUACCACAACUACCAACACCACAACUACUACUAUUACCACCACCCCAGCUGCCGUCGCUAUUGUUAUUGAUACACUUACACCACCACCACCACCUACACCUCCUGUUGGUACCACACAGACACCCACCACUACCACCGCCUUACACUAACACCACCACUACUACCACCCCCUACACUCGGUACCGAUACACAGCCAAGAUGGGGCGUAAGAAGAUUCAAAUCUCUCGGAUAACCGACGAACGGAACAGACAGGUGACAUUCACAAAACGCAAGUUUGGUCUGAUGAAAAAAGCAUAUGAGUUGUCGGUGUUGUGUGACUGUGAGAUCGCACUCAUCAUCUUUAACUCUAGCAACAAACUAUUCCAAUAUGCAUCCACGGAUAUGGACAAGGUCCUGCUCAAGUACACCGAGUAUAAUGAACCUCAUGAAUCCAGGACCAAUAAUGAUAUCGUCGAGGCUCUUAACAAAAAGGAACACAAAAAUGGUCUACAGUCCCCUGACUCACCUGACCCUGAACAAGAGUACUCUCUGACACCCCGCACUGAGGCGAAGUACAACAAGAUUGAUGAAGAAUUUACCCUGAUGAUGCAGCGCAACCAGAUCAAUGGCAGUCGACAACCAGUAGGACUAAACAACUACAACAGCAUGGCAGUGACCGUACCUGUUAAUAAUACAAACUAUGAUCCGGCCCUAAUGCAGCCCUCACCACAAAUGUCUCAUGCCUCUCUCUCACCACGACCUGGAUCAUCAAGUGGAAUGCUAGACAUGAAUGGCUCUAAUGGCUACCCUGGCUCAACUUCUCCUCUACCCCAUGGAGGAGCACCGUCACCUGGACUAGUGCCUCGGCCACAUUCGUCAAAGACCCAUUCUCCUACCAGACCAAAUCUUCGUGUUCUCAUUCCUAACUCACAAGCACAGACCACUCCACGACCAGGAUCGCCCUCACUAAACACGCCAGUAGUAUCACUUCAGUCAAAUGUGAACCCCUCAAUGACGUAUUCUUCACUCAACUCAUUCUCACAUCAGGACUUCCCACUCAAUGCUGAUAUCUCUCUCAAUCCUCUAAACAGUCUUCACCAGUGGAACAGUGGAUCACUGGCAAUGUCACAUGCGGGUCUGCCUCAUCUCAGUGUCAGUUCCUCCACACCACCACCGGCCGCCUCCCCGCCUGUCAGGAUCAAGUCAGAACCCAUCAGUCCUCCUCGUGAUCCCAAUUGCAUCCCUGCUUCUCACCUGCAAAGACCAGCCUCUACAGACCCUGGCCACCUGUCACCUGCACCACCUUCACAUAUGGGUCCAUCUUCCAACCAUCCUGGGCACAGUCUGUACACCAAUGCACUCUCAGGUCACUUGACUCCAACUUCACAUGCUUCACCUGAAGGGGCCUCCCACCACAGUGACUAUGACACCCCGUUGAGCAAACGGCCGAGAAUUUCAGAAAAUUGGGCCCCCAAUUCGUGAGGUGCAAGAAGGGCCACCACGUGCACCAGUGAGAGGACACUCAGUGCUGCGUGAACAGUGCCUGGCGAGCAGGGGGUGCCGUCCCUAGGGUCAAGAAACCCUCACAAUCGUGCCCCCACCGCCUCUGCCUCUAUGGACCACAACGGUUGUUAACUGUACAAAAAAAGACUUGGGGAGCAGUGUGUGUGUCCUUCGCCGUGUGUGUGAGUGUCAGUGCCGCACUACCGUGACAGUGCCAAGAGAGGAGCUGCAGCCCUGCUCCCCGGCCUCCUGUGUUUGUGAAUCACAUUCCCUUACUCCCUUCUGCCAGUCCUGCUCCAGCCUGCCCACCUGCAACAGCCCUCCAGCCUCUUACAGGCACUGGUGACUGGCAAAUUCAAGAGGACAGUUCAAUGCCUUCUCAAGUCUGGUAGGCCGAGGGCUGUCAACACUGCCUCUUGGCAGAUGAAAAAUUAAUUCACUGCCCACCUGGUUAAGGGCUGAGAAAGUCAUUGCCAAGCAUCUAUGUAAAUGUGACCUACAUGUCAUUAUCUGCAUGGUUGACUUUAGGUUGCUGGCUAUCUUAUCCCAGUUUUGGAUUGUCUCCUGCCUGUAUGAUAACGGCAAAGGAUGCAUCCUGCCCAGUUGAAAAGGGUCAUUCUUAACAUUACUGCAUCGACUGCAGUUCACAAGUCUGUCACCGCCACCUAUGUACUUGUUAGUUCUGGCUCAAUGUAAAUAAGCAAAAGACAUGAUUAUUUUUACUCUUUGUACAUAUUGGCCUAUAUGAUAAGAUUGCCUGGUACUUGGUGUGUGGUGGUGCUGGUGGAGGCAAGGGAGGCAAGCAGCAGUGUGGGCUGCCUCCCCCACCACCCCAUACUGCCGCCCUCUGUACCUCUCGUAUGGUCUUUCUUUGUACCUUGUGCCUCACCUUACUGUGUAAGAAGUUGUAGCCUCUAGUAACUGUGGACAGUAGUGCGUGGCCAGUGUGCGCUGCAUCGUGGUGUGGUGGUGGUGGCAGACUGGAGAUGGUAGAUGGGCGGUGGCAGCUGUGGGCAUCACUAGGCCCUGUAUGUGUGCCUUGCUGGCCACCAUCGUUCCUCCAGCUCUAGGUGGUCCAACAUUGCUGCCACCCAUCCAUUCCUGUGGUUACUGCCACCCACCACGGGGCUCGGCCCACAGGAAGGAGGAGCCAGCUGUACCAUACCAAAUACAACACUAACUGUCGAUACAUAAACAUUUAGACUGUGUUGACUUAACGUUGUUUGUAUAAAUACAAAGUCUAGAUUCUUAAUAAUUUAUAUGAUACUGCUAAUGUAUAAUUCUUAAAGAAAUGUUUAUAGUUAUAUUUGAUUAUAAUAAAUCAAAACACCUAGUUUCUAAGCAAAGACACUAAACCCAUUACCCUAAGCAUAUGUUGCACCUUGUUGUGGCGUGAUUACCGUGUACCACAGGCCGGCGUGCUGGGGCUCAGUGGGAUUGGGGGGUGUAGGGGCCCAAGCAUAGCUUCCUCACACCCAUGUACUGUAAAGUAAGAAAUAUUCCCAGUAAUGCUAUUGAUUCUGAAUGUUUAAUUUUAUGCAUAUUAAAACCUUUUUCUAUUAAAAGAAAUACUGUCAUAUAGAAGCUAGAAAAGUAUUAAAGUAUGUCAUAAUAAUUUAUGGUGACUUACUAAAUUGGUAUUGUACUGUACAAAUAUGAAGGUAUGACUAUUAUCUGUGAUGUACAUAGUGCAAUUCAAUGGGUCCCAUUCACUGCUGUAACCUAGAAAUAUAUGUUUUUUGGUGAAUGGUGUGCUCGUGCAGAGCAGACAUAGCUGCAAUUGUUAAGUGAUAAUCAUGCUGGUAACUGGUCAUAUAAUAAUUUAUUUCUGCUCAUUGAGUUGGCUCUGGCUUGUAAACAGUACUUCAUUGUCCAGUUUUUGUAGGAUGCCCCUCACAGAAUAUACUAAUAGCAUAACUGAGCACAGGGAGAAUCACUGUCCAUAUGAUCAUGGUGCAUGUAUCAAGACAAAUGUUAAAGUAUUACAGCAGGCCAGAGCACAUUUGGUGAGUGUGGGUUGAAAUUAUAAUUCUCCAUUUAGGUAGAAUUGAGACCAGAAGGUUUGUGUGAGGCAUAUCCAACUGUCCCCCACCCCCUUUCCCCCCGCCAGCAGCCCCCGUCCUUAUGUUCUGACAACAAGUUACAUGUUUGUGUAGAGUAAGUAUACUAUUAAUAUUUUUUUGUUAGUGAAAUAGAAGCAUUUUGUGUGAAUUUUGGCAUGUUAUUCAAUAAAAUCUGAAUAACAUAA